CCCCCCUCCCCAUGCCACCGUCCCCCGGGUGACAGGCCAAGCCGGCCUCCUCGAGUCUCUAGUAGUUUCGGUGCAGCUGACGCAGGCCUGCGCGCACAGCUGGGCCGGCGGCGUCCUACGCAGCAGCCGCGAGCCCGGCAGCGGGUGCCAGACGGUUCCCGGCGGGUUGCAGGGGCGGGGCACCGCAGGAGCCCGAGGACUCCGGGAGGAGGAGCCCCUCGGAAGCCAGCCUGACUGCCGACGAGUUGCCAUGGCAUCCUACUACGAGAUCCUAGACGUGCCGCGAAGUGCGUCCGCUGAUGACAUAAAGAAGGCGUAUCGGCGGAAGGCUCUCCAGUGGCACCCAGACAAGAACCCAGAUAAUAAGGAAUUUGCUGAGAAGAAGUUCAAGGAGGUGGCCGAGGCAUAUGAAGUGCUGUCAGACAAGCAUAAGCGAGAGAUCUAUGACCGCUAUGGCCGGGAAGGGCUGACGGGAGCAGGAAGUGGCCCAUCCCGGGCGGAAGCCGGUAGUGGUGGGCCUGGCUUCACCUUCACCUUCCGCAGCCCCGAGGAGGUCUUCCGGGAGUUCUUUGGGAGUGCAGACCCUUUUGCAGAGCUCUUUGAUGACCUGGGCCCCUUCUCAGAGCUUCAGAAUCGGGGUGCACGACACACAGGCCCCUUCUUCACCUUCUCUUCUUCCUUCCCUGGGCACUCUGAGUUCUCGUCCUCGUCUUUCUCCUUCAGUCCUGGAGCUGGUGCUUUUCGCUCUGUUUCUACAUCCACCACCUUUGUCCAGGGACAUCGCAUCACCACACGCAGAAUCAUGGAGAACGGGCAGGAACGGGUAGAAGUGGAGGAGGACGGGCAGCUGAAGUCGAUCACAAUCAAUGGUGUUCCGGACGACCUGGCCCUGGGCUUGGAGCUGAGCCGGCGUGAGCAGCAACAGUCCGUCACCUCCAGACCUGGAGGCACGCAGGUGCAGCAGACCCCGGCCCCCCGCCCUGACCACGACCUCUCCGAGGAGGACGAGGACCUGCAGCUGGCCAUGGCCUACAGCCUGUCCGAGAUGGAGGCGGCUGGGAAGAAACCGGCAGGUGGGCGGGAGGCACAGCGAAGACGGCUCGGGCACCUCAAGGCUCAGUACCAAGAUCGGGGCAUGGGGGGGACUCACGAGAGCGCCAGGGGUAAUGCAGCCAAAGCCGGCACACCCCCGGAGGAGAAGGCCUCCCGGUGCCUCAUCCUCUGAUCCCCAGGCUCAGCCCGCCCCGAUUCAGGACCCUCUCUGAUAGAACAGAGAGGGGCAUGGCCCCUCCAACUCUGUGCUCCCUCUACAGGUCCCCCCACGCCACGCUCCCGUGUGGACUCAGGCUUUGCUCCACUGAGCUGAGAGGUCCCUGGUGAAGCCCAGGGUGGGGGCCUCUGGGCUGUGGGAGGGCCUGCGGAGCCAGGAUGCACUUCUUAUUUGAUGGUGGGGGGCAUCCAAGGGGCAUUAGUGGUUUGGGGCAGGCCUUUUGUGCCCAGGUCGUCUGCCACCUGUGUUGCUGAUGAUGUCAAGGAAGGAGGACUUGGCCUGGGGUUCUCUGAGCGCAAGCCGGCGGCAACGCCGGGGAGUCUGCGGCUCUCCGUGUCCGGCUGCGGACCCCCCACUCUGGUCUCUGCGCAGCGUUGAGCUCUGACUGUCUCUGUUGCUUCCCUUCUGGUGCUGCUUCUCCUUCCUCACACUCUCCUCUCUGCAAUUCCCCGUGGGCCGCAUCGCUUGCUUUCACUGCCGUCUGGCUAGGACUCCCUUCUUCCUUCCUUCCCCAAGGAGGCCUCAGUGUGACGAGGAAGAUGCUGUGGCCGGUAGGGCCAUAAGGUCUUCCGGGGAGGCUAGCUGGGUGGGGCGGGAGCCUCCCGGCCAUCCAGAUUCGGAACCGGAGCCCACUCCUCCUCCCUUCCUCUUGCUGCCUCAGCCUGCCCCAGGCCUCGGGACUAGGCAGAGGUGAGGCCGGCUAACCCUGGAGCAGUGGGAUAGGGCCAGGGUGCCCCAGGAGGGAGGCCUAGGAGGGGACCGUGCCCUGUCCCACUUCACCAUGCAUCAGGGUUCAGGGAGAGGCCACAGGGCUAGCCCAGGUCUGCAUGCUCAGCGGCGCCACCCUCCACGGCUUGCUGCUGACCCUCUCUCCUGUCACCCACCCCCGCUCUCUCCCCAGAUGUGUUCUGAGCUGGAUGUCCGGGAUCCAGAGUCGAUGCACAGUUCCAACAGGACAGCGCCCUCCCCUGUGCGCUGGGAGGGGACCCUCCAUUCCUCUCCCUCACCUGUGCUAAGCAUAGAGCUGGGCCUGGAUGGUGGGUGGGAGCCGGGUGGGAGGCGGCAGUAGUCUUAGCCUAUAAACUCUUCACUGGGUGUUUGGUGCUGUCUCUUGGGGACUACUAGUCCCAGAAUGCAACACACCCUGCCUCAUUUCUGAUAGAUCGGGCUUUGUGGGAAGCGGUGUGUGGUUAUGGAGCUGUGCAUCUUGGGUCAUGUAGUUCCAGCCCAGGUCAGCCUGUCACUCACUGGGAGAUGGGAAGAUCUUACUUAUCCUUUGAGUCGUCCCUGGUAGGGGUGAUGAGAAUGUGGAUGAAGGGGCAAUGGUCCGAGCCUCCAUUUCCCUGACACCUGUUGCUAGCGCCGAGGUUAGAGAGGUCGCGUGUACAGAUGAAGGCCCCGCGGCAUCUGGGAGCAGCUCUUCUCCUGUGGGCAGUGCUGGGCUCUGAGGAACAAGCUGGGAUGGGAUCACCAAAAGGCUGAUGGGUGCGGACCGGCGGACAGCUUGCGGGGCAGGGCCCUCUGGGACGUGUGUGCGUGUCUGUGUCCGGGACUGGCAUGCAAUGGGCACUCCAGGCAUGUUGCUGCUUGUGUGGCUUCUCUGGCCGCUGCCCCUGCAGCCCGUUCUCUCUCCAGCACCACAGCCAAGCCGCCUCUCCUCCUCCCUGCCCGGGGAGCCCAGGGGCUGGGGAGGGGAGGGCAGCGCCAGGGCAUUGCCAGACCCCGUGACACGACGUCUCGGAGACCCAUCGAAACCAGCAGGGCUGAGCGCACACCAGAGGGAAACACUGGAAGCCAAUAAAGCUGAGUUUCGAGAGCUCGG